CAUACAAUUCCAACGCAAUACUCUAUUCAUGUAUCGUUUUUCUAAAAUUGCCACCUUCCAAUGCAAAACUUUUACCACGUAAAAUUGUUGGUAGACUUACCUUGUAAAAUUGUGAAGUCAUUUCGCAGCGCUGUAGCUUUAUAAGAUUCUAAACGUAACCCCAUUUUUAUUCCUUUGUUUAUCACCCUUUUUUUUAUGUAUGGAACAUAGUAUAUAGAUACAUAUAUUAUAUACUCCAUUUAUCUAACCUCAGAAAUAGCCGGCAAAAACAUCGCUCCGCUGUUCACUUCUUUAAAGCAUUAAUCACUGCUCUACUUGGAUAGUUGGAUCUCCUAAUUUCUGCUGUGUAGAACCCACUUAAAAGAGAAAGAAAAAAUUAAAAAAUAAGAAGAAGAAGCCCCACCUUCCUUCUUGACCCCAAGAAAAAUCUACAUAGAUUUGUUUCUUACAUUAGACACAUUACAUUUGUACUCUUGAAUACAACACAUUUACAGUUAGCAUUUCUUAUCUAAAUCCAUGAAAACACAUCUAGGAGCUCAAUAAAUUCUGCGUUCUCUUAUUAUUAUUUUUUGCUUUUCUUUCCUCUUCCAAGAUUUGGAGUAGGCUUGAAAGCGAGGUUUUUUGAUGGGGAAGCUGGUGGAGAUUGGAGCUGUGUUUUGUGUUUUGUUUGUUUUGAGUAAAUGGGGAGCUGAAAGUUUGGAACUUGAUGCCUUGUUCAGUGGGAAUAGCAGCUCAGAUGUGUCAUUCUUGGAGUCUAUGUCGCAUUUGGAGUCUGUUUAUGGAGUUGCUGCUGCAGCUGUUCCUCCCGAUGCUCUCAUGGUGGGUCUCACUCUUGUUCAGGGAGCUGCUGCUAAAGGGGCUGUAUGUUUGGACGGAACGAUACCGGGCUAUCACUUGCAUCGUGGGUUUGGAACAGGAGCAAACAGUUGGCUCAUCCAGCUAGAGGGUGGAGGCUGGUGCAACAAUUUAAGAUCAUGUAUUUACCGUAAAAAGACACAUCGUGGAUCAUCCACAUUAUUUGAGAAGCAAAUUCCAUUUACAGGGUUACUUAGCAACAAGGCUGAAGAUAAUCCCGACUUCUUUAACUGGAAUAGAGUAAAGAUUCGCUAUUGUGACGGGGCUUCCUUUGCCGGGGACAGUGAAAAUAAGGCUGCAGGUUUGCAUUUUAGAGGGCAACGAAUAUGGCGGGCUGCAAUUGAGGACCUGAUGUCAAAGGGCAUGCACAAUGCGAAUCAAGCUCUUCUUUCUGGUUGCUCCGCUGGUGGUUUGGCUUCUAUAUUGCAUUGUGAUGAAUUUCGAAGUCUGUUUCCUGGAAGUACCAAAGUGAAGUGCCUGAGUGAUGCUGGAUUAUUCAUGGAUGCCGCUGAUGUAUCUGGUGGACGCACAAUGAGAAGUUUCUUUGGUGGCGUUGUUAGCUUGCAGGGUGUUAAGGAAAACCUUCCGAGCACUUGCACCAACCACUUGGAUCCAACUUCAUGUUUCUUCCCUCAGAAUCUGAUUGCCGGCAUCAAAACCCCUUUGUUUAUUCUUAAUGCUGCCUAUGAUUCGUGGCAGGUCCAAGAAAGCUUGGCUCCUUCAACUGCUGAUCCUCAAGGCACCUGGCAUGAUUGUAAAUUGAACAACGAACGAUGUUCGGCAUCACAGAUCGAAUUUCUACAGGAUUUCAGGAAUCGUAUGCUGAGUGCAGUUCGAGGCUUUUCAGCCUCGAGACAGAACGGGUUAUUUUUGAAUUCUUGUUUCGCUCACUGCCAGUCAGAAAGGCAGGAUACUUGGUUUGCCGAUGAUUCUCCCGUGAUUAACAACAAGCCGGUUGCGCUUGCCGUUGGAGAUUGGUUCUUCGAUCGAGCUACUGUGAAGGCUAUCGACUGUGCAUACCCGUGCGAUAGGACCUGUCACAAUCUGGUAUUCAAAUGAAGCAGGAUAGUUAUGCUGCUUCUAUUAUUAGUUAUAUAAAAAGUAUGAUUAUUGAUUCAGCUCGCAUUGAUGCUGUUGUUGCAGUAAUAUCAAGGCAAUAAUUACCUCAAUUGCCAUCUAUCAUCACCUUCAUUGUACGCAUAAUACUUGGCACUCUUCGAUAAGAAUGAAGAGCAAUUCAUUGUGCUUUUUUGUUUC